AUGUCCCACUCGCAACCAACACCGACGCCCUACGUCCAGCCCGGAGAUGCCCUUAAUGACUUUCUACGCUCGUUCUGGCAACGUUUAAUUGAUGAAGCAGAACAAGAAACACCCGACUAUCGACAUCCUGCGCUGCCAUUGGCGAGGAUAAAAAAGGUCAUGAAGAGCGAUCCAGAUGUGAAGAUGAUUGCAGCGGACGCCCCAAUCCUGUUUUGCAAAGCCUGUGAAAUCUUCAUAUCAGAAAUCACAGCACGUGCGUUCAUCAACGCGGACUCUAACAAGAGACGAACACUUUCGCGGUCGGAUAUAACAAAGGCACUAGCUAAAUGUGAUCAGUUUGACUUUCUUAUCGACAUCGUUCCUCGGGAUGAAGGUACGGGCGGGAGUGGCGGUGGAGGGAAGCGAAGGAAAGGGACAGCAGGCGGUGAACAGACCUCACUGGAGGCAGUUCAAUCGACGGAUGUGAUUGAGCAGCUGAGUUCACUAUUGGGACCUCAGCAAGACGGUUCGGCUUCGUAG